GUGUGGACACACGCUGCUUUGACAGUCUGGGUUGACCUGUCUUGUCUCCUAAGAUCUACUCCUUCUCUGGCUGCUGGGGUAGGACUCCAUGCUGCUGUGGGCAUCCUUGCUGAUCCUUGCUCCAGUCCAUGGACAAUUUGCAAUUGCACCCAAACCUGUGAUUUCCCUCCAUCCUCCAUGGACCACAGUUUUUCAAGGAGAAACAGUGAAUCUGACUUGCAAUGGAUUUCAUUUCUGUGCAUCAGAGAAAACAAAAUGGUACAGUGGACACACCAAUAGAAAAGAAAGAGAAACCCCAGGAAAUACCUUGCAAGUUCAUGAAUCUGGAAGUUACAGAUGCCAGGUCCAGGGCUCACUUCUAAGUAACCCUGUAAUCUUGACCUUUUCUACAGCCUCACUGAUCCUCCAGGGCCCACUUGAUGUGUUUGAAGGAGAGUCGGUGCUUCUAAGGUGUCGGGCAAGGGCAAAAACAGAACUGAAUACUUUGGUAUUUUACAAGAAUAAUGAAGCUCUAAUAUUACCUAAUAAUAACCCUGAAUUGCAUAUUAGUGGUGCAAAUCUGGAGCACAAUGGUGAAUAUUACUGUGCUGGAUAUAAGGAAACAUGUUGUGCAGCUUCUUCCAAUACAGUCAGAAUCCAAGUCCAAGUGCUGUUUCCACGUCCUGUGCUGAGAACCAGCUCUGAUAAGCCCAUUGAGGGAAGCCCAUUGACCCUGACCUGUGAGACCCAAGUCCCUCCGCAGAGGUCAGAUGUCCAGCUCCAGUUCCGCUUCUUAAGAAACAGUCAGACUCUGGGGUCAGGCUGGAGCAGCUCCCCAGAGCUUCAGAUUCCUGCCAUGUGGAGAGAAGACUCAGGGUUCUACUCGUGCCAGGCAAAGACAUUGACUUUGGAUGUUUUGAAAGAGAGUCAGAAGUCCUCCAUUUCUGUGGAGACCCCUGUGUCUCGGCCUGUCCUCACCCUCAAUCCUGCUAGGGGUCAAGCUCGUAAGGGAGCCCAGGUGACAUUUCACUGUGAAGUUCAGAGCGGUUCUCCCCGGAUCCGGUAUCAGUUUUUUCGCGAGAGUGUAUUACUUCAGGAGAUAGGAGCAGAACAAUGGAAGGAGAGGUCUGCCAGCAUCUCUCUGCCCGCAGAGCAUUCUGGGAACUAUUACUGCACUGCUGACAAUGGCUACGGCCCCCAGCGCAGCGAGGCUGUGAGGCUAUCCAUCAUCACCCCUGUGUCUCGGCCUGUCCUCACCCUCAGCACUCCUAAGGGCCAGGUUCUUGAAGGAACCCAAGUGACACUUCACUGUGAAGUCCAGAGAGGUUCUCCCCCGAUCCUGUACAAGUUUUAUCAUGAGUACGUCCGCCUGGGGAGAAGCUCAAUCCCCUCUGGAGGAGGAGCAUCCUUUGACUUCUCUGUGACCGCAGAGCAUUCUGGGAAGUACUACUGCACGGCGGAAAACAGCUUCUCCAGCGCCCAGCGCAGCGAGGCAGUGAUCCUGUCCGUCUUGGUUCCUGUGUCCCGCCCUGUCCUCACACUCAGGGCUCCCAGAGAACAGACUGUGGAAGGGGACAUGGUUGAACUUUACUGCGAGGCCCUGAGAGGAUCUCCCCCAAUCCUGUACAAGUUUUAUCAUGAGGACAUCACCCUGGGGAGCAGCACGGCCCCCUCUGGAGGAGGAAUGUCCUUCAGAUUCUCUCUGACUGCAAAACAUUCUGGAAACUAUUUCUGUGAGGCCAGCAAUGGUGUGCAGACCCAACGCAGUAACACAAAGACACUUAGUGUCACAAUCCCUGUGUCCCGCCCUGUCCUCACACUCAGGGCUCCCAGAGAACAGACUGUGGAAGGGGACAUGGUUGAACUUUACUGCGAGGCCCUGAGAGGAUCUCCCCCAAUCCUGUACAAGUUUUAUCAUGAGGACAUCACCCUGGGGAGCAGCACGGCCCCCUCUGGAGGAGGAAUGUCCUUCAGAUUCUCUCUGACUGCAAAACAUUCUGGAAACUAUUUCUGUGAGACCAGCAAUGGUGUGCAGACCCAACGCAGUAACACAAUGACACUUAGUGUCACAAUCCCUGUGUCCCGCCCUGUCCUCACACUCAGGGCUCCCAGAGAACAGACUGUGGAAGGGGACAUGGUUGAGCUUUACUGCGAGGCCCUGAGAGGCUCUCCCCCGAUCCAGUACAAGUUUUAUCAUGAGGACGUCACCCUGGGGAGCAGCACGGCCCCCUCUGGAGGAGGAGCGUCCUUCAACCUCUCUCUGACCGCUGAACAUUCUGGAAACUACUCCUGUGUGGCUGACAAUGCCCUGGAGAUCCAGCACAGUGAAGUGGUGACUCUCAAUGUCACAGUUCCAGUGUCCCACCCUGUGCUCACACUCAGGACUCCCAGGGCCCAGGUUGUGGUGGGGGAUGAGGUGGAGCUUCACUGUGAGGCCCUGAGAGGGUCUCCCCCAAUCCUGUACUGGUUUUAUCAUGAGGACGUCACCCUGGGGAACAGCUUGGCUCCCUCUGGAGGAGGGGCAUCCUUCCACCUCUCCCUGACUGCAGAACAUUCUGGAAACUACUCCUGUGAGGCUGACAAUGGCCUGGGGGCUCAGCGCAGUGAGGCGGUGACACUUUUCAUCACAGGGCUCACGGAGAGCAGAAGUGGUCCUGUGGCCUCGGGAAUCACUGGGGGGCUGCUGAGUGGGGUGAGCCUUGUGGCCGCAGCACUGCUACUCCACUCCUGGUUCUCAAGGAAAGCAGGGCAACAGGCUGCCUCUGACCCCUCCAGGUGCUCUUCAGACUCAAACCCCCAAGAUCCCACCUACCACAAUGUACCAGGAUGGGUAGAACUGCAACCAGUAUACAUGAAUGUAAAUUCUAGAGGAGAAGAUGUGGUUUACUCAGAAGUGUGGUGCGUCCAAAAGAAAAACAAACAUUCAGAGACCUGUGCACACAGCCUCAGCAUGGAUAAGAACUCCUCUGUUAUCUACUCCAAGGUGAAGGGGACAUCCACUCCAGCCCUUGGGCCCCAGCAACUGGCCUCCCUGACUCCUCACAGAUGAGUCCACACAUCUCCCCAACUGCUGUCUCAGCCUCUGAAUCCAAGUCUUCUCCAUGGGGAAGAAGGAGCAUUGAAAUGGGAAGAUUUAAACCAUGCCAAGCCACAGCCAACAGCUUCUGUGUCAAAUACCCAUGCUCUCUGUCUGCACAGAGACCAGAGCCCUGCUGGACUCUCACCUUGGUUCCACCUUGGUUCCUUGGUUACAAUUGCCCUGCUGGAUUUUUUCUUUUUAAUCUAGUGAUAAGUUGCUCCCAACCCAGGGUCCAUCACAUCUCCAGGCUUCCUUAGUGGGCUUCAGCUUUGAUGGGUCCUGCCAUUACUCAACUCAUGGAGGUACUGCUCUCAGUGAGCACAUUUCUCAAUUGCUAACAAUCUGCUGGGACUAUUUCAGUAGCCUGCCAAAUGGGAAGCACAUGGAUGAUAGGCAUGAUAUGGACCUCCUUCUAGUGGGACUGCAUUUCAUGAUUUCAACCUGUCUGAAACUAUAAGUUACCUGACUUGAGGAUAACUUCUCUCCUGCUCAUGUGCUAACAUCUAUUUAUCCAAGUAAGUGAAUUUUGCACUCCAGUUCCCCGGUCUUUCCCAACUUUCCAGAAGUAACACCAUAAUGUCAAGUCCAGGAUGAACAAGGACAUUGAUAGAAUGCCUAUUAGAAUAUAUGCAAAUUAAAAUUUGACUGAAUGAACAAAUGAGGAAGAAACUAUGGGUGAUCCAACUGGCAUCUGAUCCAGCUCCAGCAUGUU